AUGAGUAGUAGUGUAAUUCUGGUGCUCAAUGUGGUCGUGCCUCCCGUUAUUGUGGACGACGGAAGCAGCCGCGACGUGACCGCCAACGAAGGCCAGGACGUGACGCUGACGUGUGACGCACGCGGUCGUCCUCAGCCGUCCAUCCGCUGGGUCAGGGAGGACAGCGCAAAAAUCUCCAGCGGAGGCAAAACGGCCGACGAGUGGGUGGGGCGGGAGCUUCGUCUGGGUCCCCUGCAGCGGAGCUCCGCGGGGGCCUUCCUGUGCAUCGCCAGCAACGGCGUCCCGCCCAUCGUCAGCAAGCGCGUGCUGCUCAACGUCAACUGUGAGUGUUGCAGCGUCAGCAAGCGCGUGCUGCUCAUCGUUUAUUAG